CUCCAGCAACCGAGGCCUAUUUACAAGAGCUACUCUAUAGCACAUCCCUAUACAACAACUUCACCGAUCCCACGAAGUUCAGAACAUUGAAUAAGCCGUCAGCUUUAGAUCUAGUGCUCACCAGUGAGGAACUCAUGGUUGAUCGGCUAGAUGUAUGCAGUCCGCUGGAUCGAAGCAAACACGUGACUUUAAUGUUCGAUUAUAAGUGCUACGCCGAAUGCCAGGAUGUAGAGCUCGAACGGUGAAAUCAAUUACGCAUAUUAGCAGUUUCUGUCCGUGUUCGUUGAACAUGCUAGUUGGACAUUCAUGACUGAGUGCGCCCCAGAGAUAGACAGGGAAAAGUUCUUGAAAACCUUUACAUCAGUAGUCACCAAAGCAUUAGAGCCAAAAGCUUUCCACCUUCAUAUCAAACCAAAAUCCUUCCUGAGAGACCGAACACGAAAAUUUGUGGCCUUGAAGGAUUGGACAUGGCGCCUAUACAAAAACAAUUCCAGCAUAGAAAAUUGGGCACCCUACAUAGCUCAGCGCAAUUAUUCUGUACAGUUGGUUUGUGAAGACGUUAUCACACCAACAAGAGUUAGCGAAACGAUUCGGUUUGAAACACAAGUUUCUUUACAGACACGUGAAUGGAAUUUGAAAAGUGCAGUGCGGAAUCCCACUACUCACUAUGAUUGAUG